CCCGCCACGCCAUGGCUUCCCUGCCUCUUCUUCCUCAGGCCCUCGUCCCCUUCCUCCUGCUGCUCUGUCUCUCUCCGGCCUGCGCUGCCCGGAGGGUCUCGGUGGCCGUUUACUACGAGACGCUGUGCCCCUUCUGCUCCGGCUUCGUCGUGAACGACCUUGCCAGGAUCUUCCAGAACGGCCUCUCCUCCAAUGUCGACCUCCGCCUCGUCCCUUUCGGCAAUGGGCGCGUCUCACCCGGCGGAUCCAUGACCUGCCAGCAUGGGGAGGAUGAAUGCAGACUCAACGCCAUAGAAGCUUGCGUUAUCAGUGUCUGGCCUGAUGCGGAACGGCAUUUCCCUUUCAUAUAUUGCAUCGAGCAUUUGGCUCUCACUCAGAAAUGGGGUGCGUGGCAGUCAUGCUUUCACGAAACUGGUCUGGCCUCUCAGCCUGUCAUAGACUGCUACAACUCAGGGUACGGCAGGCAGCUCGAACUCCGGUAUGCGGCAGAGACGAAUGCUCUGCAGCCCCCUCACCAGUUUGUGCCUUGGGUGGUCGUGAACGGGAGGCCCCUUGGUGAUGAUUACACGAAUUUCGAAGGCUACAUUUGCAACGCUUAUGAUGGCGAACUUCCGGAGGCAUGCAGGGGAAAGCGACUGCAAAUUGCUCAACACACAAGAGCAAGCCGAGGACACAAGAGGAAUCCAAGGGAGCUGGCCACUGUACUUGCUUUUGUCAUUGCACUUUGGUUCUGAAGCGUUACUUCAUCAAGAUCAAGCCGAACUUUUCGGAGGCAGGUCAAGAUAGUCCACUAACAAAUAGCAGUAGCUGCAUAUAUAAAACAGGAAAUUGUACAUCCUUUAAAAUAGUCAUUGCUUUUAUGGAAAAUGCAGACGCUCUCUUCAUGUCAGUACUAAGAUAGAAAAACAGGAGAAUGGGUAGAGAAGUUAUUUAGGGAACCAUAAAGAACAAAGCACCGUGGAAGUUUUUUAAA